AGAGGUGGUUUUCUCUCGGGCCGGGCUGUACCGCGUCGCGGUGCGGGAAGACUGCGGAGGGGGUUGUGUGAGAUGCUGGAGGUUGUCUUUCGGUGAAUCGCUGACUCGCUCGCGCUCUGUCCGCCGCCGAAAUGCCGAACAUCGUGCUGUUCAGCGGCAGCUCGCACCAGGACCUGUCCCAGCGGGUGGCCGAAAGGCUGGGCCUGGAGCUCGGCAAAGUGGUGACCAAGAAAUUCAGUAACCAGGAGACAUGUGUGGAAAUUGGGGAGAGUGUCAGAGGAGAAGACGUGUACAUAAUCCAAAGUGGCUGUGGGGAAAUCAAUGAUAAUUUGAUAGAGCUGUUAAUCAUGAUCAAUGCCUGCAAGUUUGCAUCAUCAUCUCGAGUCACUGCAGUUAUUCCUUGUUUUCCCUAUGCACGACAAGACAAGAAGGACAAGAGUCGUGCCCCAAUUUCAGCUAAGCUUGUGGCCAACAUGUUGUCAGUUGCUGGAGCAGAUCAUAUCAUCACCAUGGAUUUGCAUGCCUCUCAGAUACAGGGUUUUUUUGAUAUUCCUGUGGAUAACUUGUAUGCAGAGCCAGCAGUAUUGCAGUGGAUAAAGGAGAAUAUUCCAGAGUGGAGGAAUUCAAUAAUUGUCUCUCCUGAUGCUGGUGGAGCCAAAAGGGUAACAUCAAUUGCUGAUAGGUUGAAUGUUGAAUUUGCACUGAUCCAUAAAGAGAGAAAGAAGGCAAAUGAAGUAGAUAGAAUGGUGCUUGUUGGCGAUGUUAAAGAUCGAGUAGCCAUUCUUGUAGAUGACAUGGCAGACACGUGUGGGACAAUAUGUCAUGCUGCUGACAAAUUGCUGUGUGCUGGUGCUACCAAAGUUUAUGCUAUCCUUACUCACGGUAUCUUCUCUGGCCCUGCCAUUAGUCGAAUAAAUAAUGCUGCGUUUGAAGCUAUUGUUGUUACAAACACCAUUCCACAAGAAGAAAAAAUGAAAAUUUGCUCAAAAGUUCGGGUGAUUGAUAUAUCGAUGAUCCUUGCUGAGGCAAUACGCAGGACCCACAAUGGAGAAUCUGUGUCAUAUCUUUUCAGCCAUGUUCCCCUGUAAGGUGAUGAAACUUCAGAUCUACUGAGUAGUCCUGGUCUGAAAGUUGCUCUAUUUGCAUAUCUGGGGAACCCAUUUGCGUACUGGAAUACUGCACACCCAAUAAGAAAGGGCCCAUUGCUGUAUCAAACUGGAAAAGUUACAUCCAUAUUUGCAAGUUGAAAACAUAACUAUUUCAAAUGUCAUUGGACAGGAUUUUAUUUCUCUCAAUGCAUAGUGGAAGGAUGGCCGAUCUGUUUUUGUACUUUUGAAAAUAUAAUCUUUCAUGAAGUGAAUUUCUAUGAAAUCUCCAAACUUGUGGCUAUGUGGCUUCCUUAUACUGGUGCACAAGUCUGUUAAAUAUGUGUGGCUAUGUGCUGAUUUUGUUUAUUUUGAGGAAACAAAUGUUUGAGGUGCAACUAUAGUAAUAAUUGCCAACAGACAUUCCAUAACACAUUAAAACUGAUUUGAACUUUCAGACAUGAUCAAAUAUUUGCAUUCAGCAGCAACAGCAAAACUGGCCAAUGAACUUUUUAGUUGGUUAAUAAGUGAAUUCCACUACCAGUAAAAUUUUCAAGUGUAAAUACAGAUCUUGCAGCCAAAUUGCAGUGUCUCAAGUGGUUUAAAUAACAUAUCUCUGCAGAAACAAUAGCUCUUCAAUAAUGUGCUAUCUUUGUUCAGAAUGUGGAUGUGCAGAAGUUUGUAAUAAUAUAAGAAAUGCAUUCUUUAGUGCUGCAGCCUCAUAAAAAAGAGCAAAGCACAAGUCCAAUCUCUUCCUGUUUGCCGUUGCUAACGUACAGCUGCUUCUGAUAAACAGGGUGUUGAUUUUGAAGAGCAUUAAUCCCUGUAGAGAAUAGGCAGCUUCUGAGCUCUUGUUUGAAUUUUGCACAUGGCCUUCUUUUUUAUCUUGGCGAGCAACCUGUUUCAAAAACUAUUCAAAUGCAUGAUUUGGGAUGACUCAAUUAAAGUUGAAGCUCUUUGUUUCACUGUAUACACUAAUUAAAACGUACUGCAGUGCUGUGGGUCAAGAUAGCAGGGGAAAAGGUUCUCUGACAAAUGCAAAGCUGUUUUGUUUUAAGUGUGGGGUAAGGGAUGUCUAUGCAAGGCACUUCUGUCGUUUGUUGGCUUCCUCACCACCUUAAAGUGAGUGAGGCAAUGAGUAAUAAUGUACAAUUCUGAAUUCAACUCUUAUUUUGUCUUAACCGUGCAACGACUACACAAGGUAAAAUGCUUCAGAUGACCAUACCAGCAGAUCACCUUUUUUGGUACUGUGUAUGUUGGCUGGGGGUUUACAUUCAAAAAUAUGUUACACUGCUAAAGUUCUGUGGACCUUUUUGAUCCCUUCAAGGUCUCAAGAUGUAACUGUUUUGUUUCUUGUUAGUGGCUAUUUGCUCUUAGCAAAUACUCAGCUCAAGCAGAAAUCAAAUCAGCUUGCAAUUUUUUUUAUUUUUAUUCUAUGUAAUUUAUUAAGUUAGCUGAAUAAGUGAAAUUUUUGUGAAGCAUUAUGGAAUUGUUUGCUGUUCAAAUUCAAAUUAUCACUAUUUUUCGGGGAUUCCAAGUUGUCCUUGAUGAUUUUCUGUUGAUGCAUAUACUCCUGUUUUGUGUUGCUAUUUGCAGAAUACAGAGGCAAAAGACAAAGGAUGGUGUAAGCAGUUGGGCAAAUGUAACAUGACUCAAUAUAUGCCUUUGGCUUGUUCGUGACAGUGGGACAGGACCGAUGGAGAGAUGGCAAACCACUUAAGUUUUAGUAAUCAUAGUUUCUAGACAUGCUCAUGAUAAAUUUGAGAUGUGGCGGGAGAAAUCUUGAGGUACAAACACUUUUUGGAGGGAGAUGAAUUGAGAAUGGGAAGUGAGAUUGGAAAUGGAAGUUCUAGAAAAAUAUUGGGAGAAAUAGAUGACAUUCUAAUACUUAAGGCCAGUGGAAAUACCUAGUGAGGUUUAGCAGUAGUAGCUGCAUUGUCAACGUGGAGCAUUUGGAAAGGAGGUAAAAGCAAGAGAUAUAGGAACAGAGGUAGGCCAUUCAGCCCAUCAAGUCUGUUCUGCCAUUCAAUAAAAUCAUAGUUAAUCUGAUCAUCCUCAAAUCCACUUUCCUGUCUUUUCCCUAUAACCCUUGAUUUCCUUCCUGAUUAAAAAUCUACCUCAGCCUCGAAUACUCUUAGCAAGCAGUCCAGUCUCAACAGUCCUCUGUGGUAAAGAAUUCUACGGAUUCACUACCCUCUGAGAAGAAACUGCUGCUCAUCUGUCUCAAUUGUGUGACCAUAAAUCACCCUUUCGAAGCGAAGAAGCUGUACGGUCACUUCUUUGAUCACCGAUCAGCAUAGGUUUAUUAAAAUACCUUAAUUACAUUUUCAGCCAGGGAUUUGAUCAUUUUCAUCCUGGACACAUGGCAAACUGUGUGUUAGAACAGUACAGAUAAUGUAGUGGCAACUGGAACAAUUCAAUCAAAGCUACAUAGCUUUUGUGUGCCUGGCAUAAAUAAGUGUAAAAAGAGAACCAAAUAUUCUUCAAACAGGGCAUGCAUAUUUGCACAAGUGUUUUGAUAGAGCUAGAUAGGUGUGUUAAAGAUGGAUGUAACUCACUGUGGACAAAACUUAGCAUUUUAAAAGCUACAUGAUGGAUUAAGCUUUGUGAAUUCAGCACUGUGAUGCCAUUCCAGGAUAUUAAAGUUGCAGAAUAUUGCUACGAAUCAAAUACUGGACUUUAAAAAUGUUUUUGUUUGAUCUAGCAGCUAAAGAACUUGCACGUAUAUAGUUCCCUUUGCAUCCUCUGAGGAUCCAAUGUGCUUUGCAGCUGAUGAAUUAUUUAUAACAUACAAUGGUUUGUAGGCAACGUCCAAGAUUGCACAAGUAAGUAAGAAAAUGAAAUCACCUAAUAGACUGUUGCUUGAUAAUAGAUUAAUAUUAAGCCUGGUAGAUGUCUUCAAACAGUUGAAUGGGAUGUAUUCAGAGUAAACAGGAUUUUACAUGAAAAAUCUCAUUGACAUCUGGGAGGUGUUAAAAGAACAAAAAGAUCUAAGGGUACAGGUUCAUAGUUCCUUGAAAGUGGAGUCACAGAGUAGUGAAGGUGGCUUGCAGCAUGCCUGCUUUCAUCCGCUAUGGCAUUGAGUAUAGGAGUUGGGUCGUCUUGUUGCAGUUGUACGUUUGGAGUACUGCAUGCAGUUUCUGGCUGCCUUGCUACAGAUAGGAUAUUGUUAAACUAGCAAGACUGCAGAAAAGUUUUGCUAGGAUGUUACCUGGACUGGAAGGCUUAAGUUAUUAAGAGAUAUUGGAUAAGCUGGGACUUUUUUCCUGGAACACAGGAGACUGAGAGGUCACCUUUUGUAGACAUCUAUAAUGAGAGGCAUCGAUAAGGUAGAUAGCCAACAGCCUUUCCCCAUGAUAGGGAAGUCUAAACCUAGCGGGCGUAGGUUUAAGGUGAGAGGGGAGAGACACAAAAGGGUCCAGAGGGGCAGUUUUUUUUAACACAAAGUGGUGAGUGUCUGGAACGGGAUGCUCGAGGUCCUGCUGGCAACGAGUACAAUUUAAUCAUUGAAGAAACAUUAAGGAGGUGAAUGAAUGGGAUAGGUAUGAAGUGAUAUUGACCAAACACAAGCAAGUGGGACUUAGUUUAUGAAAACUGGGAGGUACAGGCAAGUUAGGCUAAAGGGCCCAUAUCUAUGCUGUAGACCCGACUCUCUCAUCAACGUACCUUAAAGCACUUGCUAUUAUUUUAUGGGUUACCUAGGGAUCUGUAUAGAGGAUUUCAUGAGAUCUGUGAAAAUUAACCAGAUAAUGUGUAAAAUAGAAUGUUGUGUUAAAUAGACAAAUAAGGCUCUGAACUGGGACAAGAUAUGCCUAAACUCCCUUUUAAUCGCUGAGUGGAGUCAACUGAGAGUGAACCAGAGCCAUAUGUACAUGUGCACAGAUUUUGGUUGAAUCAGUUGGGAUCAGCCAUGUUACAUGACAGCAGCAGUAACAUUGAUAUUUAGAAAAAGACACUGAGGAAAGAGAUUGAAGUGGGGCAAUGAGAUAAACUUGCGUUCAUAAGAUAAAGAACUGUGGAUGUUGGAAAUCUUUUUAAAAGACAAAUUGCUGGAGAAACACCAUGUCUGGCAACAUCUGUGGAGAGAAUAAAAACAAUUCUGAAGGAGGAUCACUCAAUGUUAACUCUUCUCUCCUCAGACGUUGCCAGACCUCCUGAGUUUCUCCAGCAAUUUGUCUUUUUAUAAGAUUUCCAGCAUCCGCUGUUUUUUUUUGUUUGAAAUAUGCAAGUUUAUCUCUUUGCCCUCCUUCAAUCUCUUUCCUCGGUGUCUUUGCCCAGCUCAAUUUGAAGUGCUGUAGAACAAAUAAAUAUUUCUGUAAAAUUGCACAACUCAUUCAAAUAGUGUAACUUUUUAUGCAGAAAAACACACUUGAGGAGAUAUCUGCUUUAAUUAAUUACAAGGGGAGCCUCAAGCAAUUGGUGAUGGGAUAUUUUUGCAGCAAGUUUGAGUAAGAUCCUGCCUUCUGAUUUAAGGGAUCUGGGUGAUGGCACAUUUAUUGCUCAGCUUCAGUUACCCCAGGAGAUUGUGGCAUUGAAAUUUUUGCAGUUCAGCUUUACAAAAUGUUACUCUCUUCAAUGAAGGAAUGGCAAGUCGGGAUGAUGUGUGACUUGCAGCUCAAGGAGUUCCCACGAUCUUCCUAUUUUAUUUUUGACUAAAGGACUAAAAAGAUGGCGAAUAAAGUAUGGAGAGUUGCUCCAGUGCAUACUGCUAACUAAUUACUGCACGUGAUGCAAGUGUUGAAAGGAUUUUGCGUUCACUGGUAAGAAACUCAAGCCAAUGAAUAAUGUGCUUUAUGUUAGGUUUUUGAGGCUGUUGAAAUGCCUCAGCCUCAAUUACAGCAUUUAUAAUUCCUGUCUGGAUAUGUGGUGAUCCACCCAUGUUGCCCAAACCAGAGUUUGUUGCAGUCCAGACCAUUGUUUUUCAGAACUGUGGGUCAAUGGUUGGGAUUCUGAGCUAUGAGGCAGUAAUGCACGCAUCGAGCUCAGACCCAGUUUUGACAGCUGUGAUACCCAUAAAUGUUGAUGUUCUCUUCUGUUAGGUUGGCUGAAUCAUUUGUUUUGAGGAUUGAUUGCUGCUACCACAGCCAGUAAAAUGGUGUGUGACUGUCUUUUUAAUCCUCUCCCACAAAAAUGCAGUCACACAAAAUGUGAAAACGUUAGAACAAGAUCAACAUGGCAAAAAGUUUGUGAACUGCUAGCCUCCGCGUUGGCUGCACUGAUUUUGACCAUUGUGUUAAUGUAGAGAUGUUAAUACUCAUAUGGGAAAGAUCUGAGCAUUUAUUAUACCUCUGUUAGAGGUGUAAAUAAAUUAAGUCACUAACAGUGUAUGUUGUGAAUCCACAUGCCUCAAUGCAACACAUAACGGUAACAGUCACAAGUCUAGGACUGAAUUUGGUUUUGCAUUUUGUUUGAGAAAUUACAUGCUGAAGAAUAUUAAGGUACGUUUUUGGAACUCGUGAAGUUGACUUUGAGGCAGUUUGAAUGACGUGAAAGAUUUCUGCUUGUGCAUGUCAUGUUCAUGCACAAAAUGAGUCUGUACAGUAUGUAACUGAAGCAAUAGGUACUUAAGAGACAACAGGGAGUUCAAGCCGAAUGAAGAGGGCUGAUGUAAUCAAGAGUGAAGGCUUCAGAUUUGGCUGAAGGUGAAUAAAGGAAAUGUUUGUGUCUCCGUGCUGUGGCCAAAUGCUUUUGAUGUAGUUUUUAACUGAAGCUGCCCCACAAUCCCUGGAUCAAUACAACAUGCUGAAAUUCUGAGGUCACCCCAUGACCUAACUAAGAAUGAAAAUGCGCUAAGUGUUGUAUUCCAUCGAAAGAGACAGUUGUCAAUUAAGAUUAUGAGAAAUUACAUUCUCAAAUUUAUGAAAUUUGCAGUAGGUGAUUAGAAAUCAACCUUAGUUCAUAGAAUACUUCAAGAACAAUAAAAUCUAGGCUAAGUUUUUCAGCAAAGAUAAUAAGCUGGCACAGGAGGAGGUCAUAAUAAUGGAAAUGGCAGAGGUGGUUCCAAGAGAGUUCAUUCCCUGCUUCAACAGGGUAAGUCUUCCAGAUUUCAUCGAGUUCGUGUCCAUGUUUGCAGUUUGACUCAGAAAUGCAGUUGUGUCUAUUUUUUGACAGUAAAUAACUAGUUAAAUGUCCAGUCCAUGUGAUAUGCCCGUGCUUAAGUUAGUCAGGUCCAGGCAGUUUGCAAGCAGUGUAGCAAAUGUCAAUAUUCCAGGUUGUGGUAAGGGUCUGGUUCAUCACCAUAUAUAAAGUCACAGUCAUAGUAGAUCCAAAGGUAGUUUGGGGAAAAACUUGUGUGCAUAGGAUUUGGAAACACAAAUUGAUGUUGUUGAGCAUGCAUCUCUGAUUGAAGAAGAGCAUAAGUAACUUUGUCGUCCAAAUUCCUACCAAAUGGAAGUAAGCAAGAAAGUAAAUGAGAGCCACAGUACUGAAUGAUAUCACAGGAUCCAUCAGCAGAGCAAAGUGAAUCAGGGUCUUUGAAUUAAGACCAAACAAUAUCACUGUGCCAACCAUUACAUGGAUUUGAUAGUCAGUCAGGAUUUGACAUAGUUGGAGAUGUUGAGAGAGAAGAAUUAAGCUGAAGCUAAUAGAAAUUGAAGGAGAGAGCCAGACAUAAAGAGAAAGAAGCCAACUAGGUUAAUUGAAAACAGGAAGGAACAAGAAAUAAACCCCACUCAUUAAUAAAAAUAACAUCAUAUCAUAUAAAAAUAAAGACCUACUGAUGUCAAAGUGAAGCAAUUUUCACUUAAAAUCACAAUCAGCCAUAUGUCUGGUUGUGAUUACAGUAAAAACAAAUUUGCAAGCAAAUCUGUAAUGUUUUCAGGUAUUGUUGAUGUUGGUUUAGGCAUCAUAUUCUAGGAAUUUAUGUAAUGUAUCAUUUUACAUUUUAAAAGACAAGUUUUUUUUUCAACAGGGAAGUGUGUAUUGCAAGUUCUGACCAUAUUGUUAUAUUGCUCUCUGUUGCCCUCUAGGUUGUAGAGACGUGAAUAAAAUUAUUCAUUCAUGGCUGUC